AUGGCACUACUGAUAGUACUGAUUACCUGUUUUGUGAUUAUUUUUUUUAAUUCCCAGCCUUGCCAGACCCCUGAUGACUUUGUGGCUGCCACUUCUCCAGGGCGUAUCAUGAUUGGAGGUUUGUUUGCCAUUCAUGAAAAAAUGCUGUCCUCAGAAGACUACCCCAGAUGGCCAGAAAUCCAGAAGUGUGUUGUCUUUGAAAUAUCAAAUUUUCUUCAAACUCUUGCUAUGAUACACAGCACUGAGAUGAUUAAUAAUUCAACACUAUUAUCUGGGGUCAAACUAGGGUAUGAAAUCUAUGACACUUGCAUAGAUGUGACAGAGGCAAUGGCAGCUGCUCUGAGGUCUAAGUUCAACUGCUCCAGAGAAAUCGUGGAGUUUAAGUGUGACUAUUCCAGAUACAUGCCAAGGGUUAAGGCUGUCAUAGGUGCUGGCUACACAGAAAUAACCAUGGCUGUCUCCCGGAUGUUGAAUUUACAGCUCAUGCUACAGGUGAGUUAUGAAUCAACUGAAGAAACCCUAAGUGACAAAAUUCGCUUUCCUUCAUUUUUACAGACUGUGCCCAGUGACUUCUACUAGACUAAAACAAUGGCCCACCUGAUUCAGAAAUCUGGAUGGAACUGGAUUGGCAUCCUAACCACAGAUGAUGACUACGGACGACUGGCUGUCAGCACUGUUGCAAUUCAGACCUCAACAAAUAAUGUGUGCAUAGCCUUCAGAGAAGUUCUCCCAGCCUUCCUCUCAGAUAAUACCAUUGAAGUCAGGAUCAGGAAGACACUUGAGAGAAUCAUAGCAGGCCAGGUUAAUGUCGUUGUGGUAUUUCUGAGUCAGCUCCAUGUUUUCAAUCUCUUCAGUAAAGCCAUUGAAAGGAAUAUAAAUAAGAUCUGGAUUGCUAGCGAUAACUGGUCAACGGCCACCAAGAUCACCACCAUUCCUAAUGUUAAAAGGAUUGGCAAAGUUGUGGAGUUUACCUUUAGAAGAAGGAAUAUGUCCUCUUUCCAUUCCUUUCUUCAAAAUCUGCAUAUGUUUCCCAGUGAUAAUAACAAGCCCUUAAAUGAAUAUGCCAUGCAAGGCUCUGCCUGUGCAUAUACUAAGGACAGUGAUCUGAGUCAAUGCAUUUCCAACUAUUCUCAGGGGACUUUGGCCUACAAGGCUAACGAGGAUAUAGAAAGGAACUUCUCACUGAGAAAUAACUUCCUGUGGGAUUACACUGAGCCGGGACUUGUUCACAGUAUUCAGCUAACAGUGUUUGCCCUUGGUUAUGCCAUUUGGGAUCUGUGCCAAGCUCGAGACAGUCAGAACCCCAGCUUUCAACCAUGGGAAUUAGUUGAUGUACUGAAAAAUGUGACGUUCACAGAGGGAGGGAGUUCAUUUCAUUUUGAUGCUCAUGGAGAUAUGAAUACUGGAUAUGAUGUUGUGCUCUGGAAGAUCAACAGCCACAUGACUAUUGCCAAGAUGGCACAAUAUGACCUGAAGAAUGAUGUCUUCAUUGUCACAGACCAAGAAACAAAAAAUGAGUUCAGGAAUCUUAAGUCUUGUCAACUAGAACAGAAGGCCUCUGAGAGCAUGGAAUUUUAUAUUUCAUUCCUUACUAUGGCUCCAGUAAUUGCAAGAGUGCCUGGCCCUCAAAAUAACACUGCCGAAUAG